UAAAAAAAUAUUAAAAAAUGGAGCCGUCUGAAAACGAUUAUCAAAAAUUGGUGCGUGAUGUGCAGCUGUUGCUGCAGCAACUGAACGAGCAGCAACAGCUGCAGCAACAGCAAGAACAGCAACUGCUACAACUGAGGGAGGAGCUCCUCCCUCAGCAUGGACAGGGCGAUCAACCGAGGGAGGAGCGCCUCCCUCAGGAGCAGGAGAAGAAGGCGGCGGAGGGGGCGGCGAGGCCACUGCGAAAAAGAGGAGUAGCGGCUGGCAGAUCGCGGCGCCUGAGGGGGUACCGGGGGAGAACGGGAAGCGGGGGUAGGGGAAUAGGGGGAAGGGGUAGGGGGGGUAGGGAUAAUAUUGUACAAUUCAGUUUUUAUUAA